AUGAAUGUGAGCAGAGACAAGGUCGGUGACAUCUCCAUCCCGGCAGCGGCAGCCGCGGCGGUGACAGCCCCCGCAGCCGGCAUCGGCGGGGAGUCCUGCGGCUUGCACGGGGAAGGCAUGGACAGCCAUGGGGAGCAGCGGCUCUCGGCCGGCGGCGAGCUGCCGCUCUACUCCUGCCCUGGAAACCGGGACAGGCCGGGGGACAACCAGAGCAACACCCCCGGACAAGAGGGGGCAGUGGCCGCGCUGCCCAUGGUGCACAGAACCACCUCCUUCUCCGUGCUCGACAUCCUGGACCCUAACAAAUUCAACAGCAAAAGGAGGCAGUGCGCGGUCUUGUACAAAUCGGGGGGGACCGACUUCACGCUGGGGGCGGAGGAUAAGCCCGAGGACUCAGGGACGGAGCUGGCCGAGCAAAAGGCUCUCGCCGAAGAUUUCGACGCGUGCAAGAAGUCCGCAGACCUGAUCAAGGACGGCGAGCUCUACAAGGCCGAGGAGUGCGACCUCGACUACAGCAGCCGGCCGAGCCGCAGCCCCGACAGCGAGCUGCCCGACGACGAGGAGCUGUGCAGCGAGGAGAGCAGCAGCAGCAGCAGCAGCAGCUCGGCGGCGCCCGGCGAGGCCGACCCGGGCCGCCUCCACGCCGAGGCGGCCGAGGCGGGCGGCAUCCCGCCGCCGCCGCCGCCCCCCCCGCCGCCGCCGCCGCCCCAGCAGCCGCCGGCGGCUCCCGGCGGGGCGCCGCAGAGCCAGCAGGCCAAGCCCAAGAGGAAGCGGACGGGCUCGGACUCCAAGUCGGGCAAGCCCCGGCGGGCGCGGACAGCCUUCACCUACGAGCAGCUGGUGGCGCUGGAGAACAAGUUCAAGUCCACGCGGUACCUGUCGGUCUGCGAGCGCCUCAACCUGGCGCUCUCCCUCAGCCUCACCGAGACGCAGGUGAAGAUCUGGUUCCAGAACCGCCGCACCAAGUGGAAGAAGCAGAACCCGGGGGCCGACACCAGCGCGCCCACCGGCGGCGGCGCCGGCGGCGGCGGGGCGGGCGGCGGGCUGGGCGGCGGGGCGCUGGCGGGGGGGCUCAGCCCCCUCAGCCACUCGCCGCCCAUGGGCAACCCGCUCUCCAUGCACGGGCCCGGCAGCUACGCCGGGCACCCCGCCGGCGGGCUGGUGUGCGCCGCCCAGCUGCCCUUCCUGCCCAGCCCCGCCGUCCUCUCGCCCUUCGUCCUGGGCUCGCAGACUUACGGCGCUCCGGCUUUCUACACCCCGCACCUAUAA